AUGUCAUUAUUUCCAAAUUAUAUAUAUGAAUAUAUUUUCGAAUGUAUUACAACUUAUAUAUACAGACCAAGCAUCAUACAAUCUAAAUAUUUUUCAUUUGCAAAUAAUAACAAUGAAGUAAUUAAAUAUUGUUUAGUUUCCAAAAGCAUAUACGAAAUUAUAUCAAGAUUAUUAUCUCAAGAAUCAAAUUUUAAAAACUACCAUUUGUUAAAGAAUCUAAUAAAAAAUAAUAAUAAUAAUAAUAAUAAUUCAUCAUAUAAAUUAAUAAAAAUUAAAGAUUCAGUUCAAAUUUUCGACACAUUAAAACAGUAUCAAAUUGAAUCAGCAAAAGAGAAUUAUGAUUCAAGUGUUUAUAAAAAGGUUUUGGUUAAAACAGGUUAUAAUGAUUCAGAAAUAGUUUUACAAUCAAUAGAAAUGUUCCCAAGUAAUGUUUAUUUUCAUUUAUAUAUUUCAGAACAGGAUAUUCAAGUGAUGGAGGCCACUCUUCUCAAAAGAGGUGGUGAAAAAAUCAAAAAUAUUAAAAAAAUAAUCCUUUAUUUUUUAAACAAUUAUACGGAUCAAAAAGAACAGUUGUUAAAUGUCGUAUCAGAGUUAUUUGAACCAUGUAGUUUGAAGUUUUUAGAUCAAAUAAUGUACGAUUCUGAAGGUUUUUCCAAAAUAGCUUCAUCAAAAAAUCUUAAACAAUUAAGAUUUCCAUUGCAACCAAAGUUUUUGUCAAAUGUAUUUAAUAAAGAAUCUCAAUUAAAACAGCUAUAUCUCUGGGUAUAUCAUCAUGAUAUUAUAAUGCAUUCGAAUGGUGCUCAAGGUGAAAUUACUGACAAAUGUUUCCUGUUAAAAGGAAACCAGGACUGGCCAUUAUUAAUAGAGAAAUUAUCCAAUAAUAGAACAUUAAAAAGAUUAAAACUAAUGUAUAGAUGUUUUAAUUGCGAAUCAGCUAGCCCAUGUAUCAAAGGUAUGGAUACUUCAAUCCUCAGCCAAGGUUUUAGAACUAUUUUUACCAGUCCAUUUAGCUCUAUUCAAGAAUUACAAUUAAAUGAUGAUGUAAUCAUUGAUACAGAUUUCAUUCAGGGUUUAGUAAAUAAUAAAACAAUCAAAAGCAUAACAUUUUCAAAUCAAGACUUUUCAUUUGUAAUAACAAAUAUUUUAAAAUACAAUAAAACCAUUAGAAAUGUAGCUCUAAACUUUUCAGAUCUCAGCAAAGAUAUCAAGGGUUUGCAACUUCUUCAACAAGAGCCAUACUCUAGUGAAAUCGACCUGUAUUCAUUGUCAUUCUCUAUUGACUAUUUACCAGAAACCAAUAUUUAUAUCAACACUAUCAAAUCAUUUAAUUAUCAAGUCAAGGAGUUUAAUCUAAAUCUUUGUUUAGAGUAUAGUUUAAAAUCAUCACCAUCCAAAAUUAAUUAUAAUAUCAAAGGAGACACAGUUUGUUUUAAAGAGCAACAAUUAAUCAACAAUAAUAAUUCAAUUUUAAAUAUCAUAAAAGAUGAAAGUUAUGAUUAUAAAUAA